AUGUAUGUUUCAGAUGCUGUGGAGGCUCCUGUGCUGACUAUGAACUCAAACGGGUCCAGCAGUGACUCCUGUACUGUGAACUUCACAUGCAGAGCUCAUGAGCUCAUGAUUGACUCUAGCUAUCAGAACAACAGAUGCUCACGAGAGGAAGUGACAUCACAGAUCAACACUCUCAUCCUGGACUGCAGUGAAGAGUCCAUCAUCUGUAACCAUAGCAACCCUGUCAGCUGGAAAGAAGACAGAAUAAACAUCACACAGCGCUGUGACGAUAACAAAAAGAACAACUCAAAGAAUGAGACUGAUUCAUCUCUCCUGUGGCCAUCCCUCUCAGUAGUUGCUUCGGUGGCAGUGAUCAUUUUGAUAUGUGUUUCAGUCUUUCUGUACUGCAGGCAUAAAAAAGGUGCCCAGGAUGGGGUAGUAGAAGGUAAUACAGUCUAUGCUCAAGUUAAGGCUCAAGAAAUGCAGAAUCUCAACAGUGACAGCCAUACAUAUGAUUUUCCAGACCGGGGUCAAGCCCAGACACAAAAGGAAACUGGAGAUAAUCUACCCAACACAACCUACAGCAGAGUAGGACAACACCAAAAAAUCGCCUCUGAAACAGACCUUACAAUUUAUUCCGAGGUGUACAAACAACCAAACAAAAAACCACCCGCUGAUGAUGCUUAAAAUAAAACUGUGGCUAAUUGUCACAUGGGGAAGCUGUCACAAGGCUUGAUCUCAAAAUGGCAUCCCACUCUUACAAUCUCAGCCUUAUCUUUAUAUGGUAGAAAUAAUGAGAAAAGUAUACUAGUAUGCUAUUCUGAAAUUAAGCCAAAGCUGUCCAAUUAAGGUAUGCUUUCUCUAGCAGCGGUUGAGCAUAUUGGAUUCAAGCAUCCAGAUCCAAAUGGUCUUACUUUUUUCUUUUCUUUUUUUUUAUGAAUGUGAAUUAUACCCUAAAUUGGAUUUUCCACACAUAACCUCAUAAUUUUCAAAAAUAAUCCAACAGUGAAUUAACUGGAGUUUACUGUGACAACUAACCCCACAUGGGAAUUCAGUAUAGUUUAAAUAGUUGGUGGAUAUAUUUACCUCACUUCCCAUGAUCUCAUGUUAUAUUUAACAUUUCAAUUCAAGUGGUAUGAAGCCAGACCAUCUAAUGAAGCACAAAGGCAAAAAUUAUUAUACCUACAGUUUAAAAGCCAAAUCACAAGUAUUUUUCAUGCAUUUUGACCACUAGGUCGUUGUAUCUCAUUUAUUUAUUACUUUAUAUCUUACUUAAAUUGUACUUUUGUUGAUUCUUGGAUUAGUCUUGGAGAUAUCGUUUCCUGAGAUAACCCAAUCUUGCCCAAUCUUACGUCAAAAAACUAAAUAAUAAUUAAAAAAAUAGUGUCAUAUAUGCUACACUGGAAUCUCGGGGACCACGUAAUGGAUUUACAUGAUGACAAGGUGAAUUGUUCAUGUUUGCGGAAAAGAGUAGUUGUACUUCCCAUACCUCCAUGGGUGCUUCGGUAGCCUGCAGAUUAUUGAAAUAAUAAAGCGGACUUAGGUGAGAACAGGGGUGUAUUCCAGAAAGCAAGGUUAACUUACCGUCACAUAUACCCUGAACUCUAGGUUGGUUAACCCAAACCUGGCUUAUUUGAGGUAUGCUGGUUCCAUAAACUUGUCCGGGAGUAAGUUCAGUCAACUCAGAAUAUGUUCACGGUUAACACAUAAGAUAUAAGAUAUUCUCAACAGAGCGACGAAUUGACGAGUCACCAUGCUGCUUCUUCUUUUGUUCAAUGGUCAUUUACAUACUUAAUGCAUA